UUGUGGUUGUUAUCUCUAAGAGUAAAGAGAGGAUGUGGUUACUGGUUCCAUAAAGGAUGCUAGAGAUGUGUGUUAGACGGAGAUCAGGUUGUGUGUGUGUGUGUGUGUUUGGGCCAAAAGAAACUGUGGUUUUGGGUCAAAAGAUGGAUGGUUAUUUAUGUACGGUCGUAGAUCAUUCCAGAGAGGCCUGUUCACUCCCCCAGCCCCUUGUUACUGAUAAAAACGAGUCUGAGCCAUUUCAACGAGAGAGUUUUGUUUGAAAAGCACACUAAUAGUACCAAAUCUGUCUUUUUUUUUUUUUACUUAUUGGUUAUUCAUUAAUACAACAGCACUUGAAACAGCAAUACAUUCAAUAAGGAUCACAUCAGUAACACUAACAUGAACAGUCCGCAGGAAUAUCAAACUGAUUUGGAGGUGAUUCUGGAAUUUCUUGAGGAGCACUACAGACAGGAAUCUCGAAGAAAAGCCAUAUGGAACAUGAGGGAUCUCUGUGCCAUGUCAACUGAUGAAGUUGUGAACACGUCUGAAGAGAAGCUACCUGGUGAGGAGCACUUCAGCAAUGUGUUAGAGCAAGAAAAGUCCCAGCUGCAGUUUUCUGAGCAGGUCAUGGGAUCUCUGGCCAAAGCAAACAGAUCUGACUCGUAUACAGACACCGUGGUCGACCAGUCUUCUGUCCUUCACGAUGCACCCGACGGGCGAGUGUUAAAUGCCCUAAACGGACCAGAGAGACCUUUAACUCCUAAUACAACACCUGAAAAGUGUGCCGAAUCAUUGCCCAGCAUUACACCUGCAGAGAAAGGGAAAAAGCUACGUCUUUUCCACUUCCUGUUCGAGAUGCUGGAGGACCCAGGCAUGGCCCACUGCGUGUCCUGGGUGCCGGCCUCAGCUGGCGUCUUUCGCUUUUCUGCAAGGCACAAGGAGCAUGUGGCAGAGCUGUGGGGCCAGAGGAAGGGCAACAGAAUGCCCAUGACCUACCAGAAAAUGUCCCGUGCCCUACGCAAUUACGCCCGCUCGGGGGAGAUCAUUAAAGUGAAAAAGAAACUGACUUACCAGUUCAGUGUUGUUACCCUCUCUACUUUACAGAAUCAACAUAGUAUAAAGAAAGCAUCGAAAUGAGAGCUGAAUGAUUGUCUCCAGUGUGUUAAGGUCAUUAUUUGUUGCUCUCAUGAUAUCUUAAUUGCCUUGGUAAGAGGAGAAGGGUAAAAUUAGUUUCUUAUUUUUUUCUUGCUCAAUUAUGUUUCAUAAGAAGGUGAUAAAUAUGGUGUUUUGUAUAACAGACUCUUAAGGAAAUUAUGUACUUUUUGCUGUUCUUUGCAUA